AUGGCAACACUAAGUGUACUAAUUACGGGCUUUGGCGUUGUACGCGACGGUAUGCAACCUGAUAAUGUGGUUUUCUUUGGUACAGUACAGCAAGGAGGUGGUAAUUCAUGGACAGUUUAUCGAUCAUUUGAGACCUUUCAACGACUUGGCCAGCAACUUGCAAUGAUCUUUGGACAAGUAAUACCUUCCUGUCCACCACGUAUGUUUGACAUACGCUUUCCAGACUCAUUAGAGAAGAUGCGUGUGGAUUUAAGCAUGUGGAUCAUGCAGUUACUACAGCAUCCGCCAAUCUACCAAUCGCACGUGUUUGUAGACUUUAUCAGUGCAGAUGCAAAUACACCACCACCAGGAUUGCAAAACUCAGCCGUUGCUGCUGCACGUGGUGGUAAUAUUGGUGAUCUUGAUAUGGACGAGAUGUUCGACUCGAGUACGGACAAUGACCCGCGCUCUCACGAUGAGCUGCAUGAUGACAUAUUCCAGUUUGACUACAACACUGACAUGUCAAGUGCGGGUAUCGAUCAGCAGACAUUGCUAAAGGAGACACAACUGCAGCACGCACAACAAGUUCAGGAGCAAAAGAAGAGUGAGAAGGUAACGCUGGAGGACUUUGUUAUGAUCAAGGUCAUUGGCAAGGGCAGUUUUGAGAUUAAGUGGGACGCACUUGCUACAGGGCAGGUGCCGCCUCCAUGGCGCCCUACGUUCUCUGGUGCUCUCGACACGUCCCAGUUUGACCGCGAAUUCACUGACAUGCCCGUGGUGAGCCCGGACAAUCACGUGCGUGGUAUGGCAAUGGCGAUGGGCCGACGACCUGCUAAUGGCGCCGCGUACGGAAGCAGCCUCACCGGUAAUGAUCCGUUCAAAGGCUUUACGUAUACGGAGGAUUCGUAUCUGCAAGACGGCCUUCCAGACCGCAGCCCGUUGCCACGAGGAAGCGGUCGUGUGCAGCACCACAACAUGUAA